AUGGCGUCUCAGGAGAUCGUGGCCGUGAGCCAGCAGUCAGUACAGGUUGUGGUUGCUCUGAAAGAAAAUGCCCACCCGAGUGUCAGCAAACGGCUCGCAGCCCAACAACCAAGGAGGAAGUUCCGCAAGCCCAAGGCCAAGCCGGUCACUUCGACCAUGACGGAGCAGAACGGCUCUGAAGUUCAAGUCACUGUGACAGAAACAGAGACCAAAAAGUAUAAAACGCCAAGGCAGACGAAGAAGCAGAAAAAGGGCGAAAGAGAGGCUGCUGCGACUGCUGCGACUGCUGCGACUGCUGCGACUGCUGCGACUGCUGCGACUGCUGAGGCCACCACGACUGCAAAGACGGCCAAGGUAUCAGUCCCGCCAGCAGUUAUUCAAAUUACCGAGACAAUAAGAUCCCAUACGGAAAAGAGCCUCUUUGCCCGCGACGAAGUCACAGUCCCCAGCGCAGCAUCAGGCGGCGUCCCCGAGCCCACCGAGGCCUACCUUCGCUCCGCCAGCCUUCCCCCCUUCCGUCUCGCGAGCCCGCGGCGGAUCCUCAUCGUCAUGGACCUCAACGGGACCCUCCUGCACCGUCCCAACAAGCGGCGCCCCUCGCACUUUGUCGAGCGGCCGCACGCGCGCGUCUUCAUGGACUACCUGCUGUCCGCGUUUCGCGUGGCCGUGUGGUCGUCGGCGCGGCCGCAAAAUGUGCACAGCAUGGUCGCCAGUCUGCUGACGCCGGACCAGCGCCGCCUGUGCCUCGUCAUCUGGGGCCGCGACCGCUUCGGCCUCUCCAAGGCCGACUACGACACCCGCGUGCAGUGCUACAAGCGCCUCACACGGCUCUGGGCGGACCGCGCCGUCGCGUCGAGCAGCGACGGCGGCACCGGCACCGGCCGCUGGGGCGCCCGCUGGGAUCAGUCCAACACGGUGCUCGUCGAUGACUCGGCGGAAAAGGCCCGCAGCGAGCCGUUCAACCUGCUGCAGAUUCCAGAGUACGACGGGCCGGCGGGCGAGACGCCGAAUGUGCUGCCGCAGGUGCAUGAUUACAUCAAUGAGCUGGCGCAUCAGGCGGAUAUAAGUCGCUAUAUACGAGAGAACCCGUUCAAGCUUGAGGCGGGCUACACGUUGUAA